UGGCCGCCGGGCGUGGUACGGGCACCGCGCUGGUGGCUGCGCGCUCCGGGCGUCGCGUCCUCUGACAAGGUCCGCGGCGGCGCGGCGAGCCGGUUCUGCCGAGCCGGGGGCGCCGUCCUCGGCCAGGCUGUGACACGGUAAAAUAAAGUUGCCUAUAGAUUUCUGUGAAAAUGUCGGUUCUAAUAUCACAGAGUAUUAUAAAUUACGUGGAGGAAGAAAAUAUUCCUGCUCUGAAAGCUCUUCUUGAGAAGUGCAAAGAUGUGAAUGAGAGAAAUGAGUGCGGCCAGACUCCCCUGAUGAUAGCUGCGGAACAGGGCAAUGUGGAGAUAGUGAAAGAACUGAUUAAGAAUGGAGCCAACUGCAACCUGGAAGAUCUGGAUAACUGGACAGCACUUAUAUCUGCGUCUAAAGAGGGGCACAUCCACAUCGUGGAGGAGCUGCUGAAGUGUGGGGCCAACCUGGAGCACCGUGACAUGGGGGGAUGGACAGCUCUCAUGUGGGCGUGCUACAAAGGCAGGACUGAUGUUGUCCAGUUGCUUCUUUCUCACGGUGCCAACCCAAGUGUCACUGGUUUGCAGUACAGUGUUUACCCAAUCAUUUGGGCAGCAGGCAGAGGCCAUGCUGACAUAGUACAUCUUCUGCUGCAGAAUGGGGCAAAGGUCAACUGCUCUGACAAGUAUGGAACAACCCCUUUGGUGUGGGCUGCCCGGAAGGGUCAUUUGGAAUGUGUGAAGCAUUUGCUGGCCAUGGGAGCUGAUGUCGAUCAAGAAGGAGCUAAUUCGAUGACUGCGCUUAUCGUGGCAGUGAAAGGCGGCUACACAGAGUCAGUGAAAGAGAUUCUGAAGAGGAAUCCGAAUGUAAACCUGACCGAUAAGGACGGAAAUACAGCGUUGAUGAUUGCAUCAAAGGAGGGACACAUAGAGAUCGUACAGGACCUGCUGGACGCUGGGACGUACGUGAACAUACCUGACAGGAGUGGGGACACUGUACUGAUUGGCGCCGUUAGAGGUGGUCACAUUGAGAUUGUUCGAGCACUUCUCCAAAAAUACGCCGAUAUAGACAUCAGAGGGCAGGACAAUAAGACUGCCUUGUAUUGGGCUGUGGAAAAGGGAAACGCAACAAUGGUGAGGGACAUUCUGCAGUGCAAUCCUGACACGGAAAUAUGCACGAAGGAUGGCGAGACACCACUGAUAAAGGCCACCAAGAUGAGGAAUAUCGAGGUGGUGGAGCUGCUGCUGGAUAAGGGAGCUAAGGUGUCUGCCGCAGACAAGAAAGGGGACACUCCCCUGCAUGUUGCCAUCCGGGGGAGGAGCCGGAGACUGGCGGAACUUCUUCUAAGGAACCCCAAAGAUGGGCGGCUACUCUACAGGCCCAACAAAGCCGGCGAGACUCCCUACAACAUCGACUGCAGCCACCAGAAGAGCAUUUUGACACAGAUAUUUGGAGCCAGACACUUGUCUCCCACGGAGACCGACGGUGACAUGCUGGGGUAUGAUUUGUACAGCAGCGCCCUGGCAGAUAUCCUCAGUGAGCCCACCAUGCAGCCCCCCAUCUGUGUGGGCCUGUACGCACAGUGGGGAAGUGGGAAGUCUUUCCUACUCAAGAAACUAGAAGAUGAAAUGAAGACUUUUGCAGGACAGCAGAUCGAGCCCCUUUUCCAGUUCUCAUGGCUCAUAGUGUUCCUCACCCUGCUGCUGUGUGGGGGGCUGGGCCUAGUGUUUGCUUUUACCGUUGACACAAAUCUGGCCAUAGCAGUGUCGUUGAGUUUCCUGGCUCUCUUGUAUAUAUUCUUCAUUGUCAUCUACUUUGGUGGACGGCGGGAAGGAGAGAGUUGGAACUGGGCCUGGGCCCUCAGUACCAGACUGGCAAGACACAUUGGCUAUCUGGAGCUCCUCUUCAGACUGAUGUUUGUGAACCCACCUGAGCUGCCAGAGCAAACUACAAAGGCUUUGCCCGUGAGGUUUCUGUUUACAGAUUACAACAGACUCUCCAGUGUAGGUGGAGAGACUUCCUUGGCUGAAAUGAUCGCGACCCUCUCGGAUGCUUGUGAGAGAGAGUUUGGCUUUUUGGCUACCAGGCUUUUUCGAGUAUUCAAGACUGAAGAUACUCAGGGUAAAAAGAAAUGGAAAAAAACAUGCUGUCUCCCAUCUUUUAUCAUCUUUCUUUUCAUCGUGGGCUGCAUUAUUGCUGGAAUUACUCUUCUGGCUAUAUUCAGGAUUGACCCCAAGCAUCUGACAGUGAACGCUGUCCUCAUAGCCAUCGCCUCUGUGGUGGGGUUGGCCUUUGUGCUGAACUGCCGCACAUGGUGGCAAGUGCUGGACUCUCUCCUGAACUCACAGCGAAAACGCCUCCACAGUGCCGCCUCCAGACUGCAUAAACUGAAGAGCGAGGGGUUCAUGAAGGUCCUCAAGUGUGAAGUGGAGUUGAUGGCCAGGAUGGCAAAAACCAUUGACAGCUUCACUCAGAAUCAGACAAGGCUGGUGGUCAUCAUCGAUGGCCUGGAUGCCUGUGAGCAGGACAAGGUCCUUCAGAUGCUGGACACUGUCCGAGUUCUGUUUUCAAAAGGCCCGUUUAUCGCCAUUUUUGCAAGUGAUCCACAUAUUAUUAUAAAGGCCAUCAACCAGAACCUGAACAGUGUGCUCCGUGAUUCAAAUAUAAACGGACAUGACUAUAUGCGCAAUAUAGUUCACUUACCCGUUUUCCUUAAUAGUCGUGGGCUUAGCAGUGCAAGAAAAUUUCUUGUAACUUCGGCAACAAAUGGGGACAUUUCAUGCCCGGAUGCCACGGGGGUGCAGGAGGACGCUGACCGAAGAGUUUCACAGAACAGCCUUGGGGAGAUGACAAAGCUUGGGAGCAAAACAGCUCUCAACAGAAGGGAUACUUACCGCAGAAGGCAGAUGCAGAGGACCAUCACCCGGCAGAUGUCCUUUGAUCUCACGAAGCUGCUGGUCACUGAGGAUUGGUUCAGUGACAUCAGUCCUCAGACCAUGAGACGAUUACUCAAUAUUGUCUCUGUGACAGGGCGGUUACUGAGAGCCAAUCAGAUCACCUUCAACUGGGACAGGCUAGCCAGCUGGAUCAACCUUACCGAGCAGUGGCCUUACCGGACGUCGUGGCUCAUACUGUAUCUGGAAGAGACUGAAGGUAUCCCCGAUCAGAUGACCUUAAAGACCAUCUAUGAGAGAAUAUCAAAGAAUAUUCCAACAACCAAAGAUGUUGAGCCACUGCUUGAAAUUGAUGGAGACAUACGGAAUUUUGAAGUGUUUCUGUCAUCAAGAACCCCAGUACUUGUGGCUCGAGAUGUAAAGACCUUUUUGCCUUGCACCGUAAACCUAGAUCCCAAACUCCGGGAGAUCAUUGCAGACGUUCGAGCCGCAAGAGAACAGAUCAACAUAGGAGGCCUUGCUUAUCCUCCGCUCCCUCUGCAUGAAGCCCCUCCUCGGCCACCUUCUGGGUACAGUCAGCCUGCAUCUGUCUGCUCCUCCUCAGCAUCCUUCAACGGGCCGUUCCCAAGCGGGGUCGUGUCUCCUCAACCCCAUAGCAGCUAUUACAGCGGCCUGUCCGGCCCCCAGCACCCCUUCUACAACAGGCCGUUCUUUGCCCCAUACCUUUACACGCCAAGGUAUUACCCUGGCGGUUCCCAACAUCUCAUCCCACGCUCAUCAGUAAAAACGAGUUUGCCCAGAGAUCAGAACAAUGGCCUAGAAGUUAUCAAGGAGGAUGCUGCUGAGGGGCUUCCUUCACCCACAGACUCCUCGAGGGAGAAGAGCUGGAUGAAAAAGCCGCAGAUGCCGCCGUGUGACUCUGGGUUUAACAAACAAAGACAGGGACCAGCCUCCACUGCAUGUACAGCACUGUUACUGAGCUCCAUGACCGUGGAUGUCGUUUCUGAGAAACUGAGACAAAUCGAAGGCCUGGACCAGAGCAUGCUGCCUCAGUACUGCGCAACAAUCAAAAAGGCAAACAUAAAUGGCCGGGUAUUGGCUCAGUGCAGUGUUGACGAGCUGAAGAAAGAGAUGAAUAUGAACUUCGGAGACUGGCAUCUUUUCAGAAGCAUGGUCUUGGAAAUGAGAAAUGUGGAAAACCAGGUGGUCCCUGAAGACCCUCGUUUUCUCAAUGAAAAUUCCAGCGCCCCGGUCCCUCACGGGGAAUCUGCUCGCCGUGCUUCUCACAGUGAACUGCCUCACACAGAGCUCUCCAGCCAGACUCCCUACACCCUGAACUUCAGCUUUGAAGAGCUGAACACACUGGGCCUAGAGGAGGGAGCCCCACGGCACAGUAACCUGAGUUGGCAGUCACAAACUCGCAGAACCCCAAGUCUCUCGAGUCUCAAUUCCCAGGAUUCCAGUAUUGAAAUUUCAAAGCUUACUGAUAAGGUGCAGGCCGAAUAUAGAGAUGCCUAUAGAGAGUACAUUGCUCAGAUGUCCCAGUUAGAAGGGGGCACAGGGUCGUCAACAAUAAGUGGCAGAUCUUCUCCACACAGCACAUACUACAUAGGUCAGAGUUCUUCAGGGGGCUCCAUCCAUUCUACUCUAGAGCAGGAGAGGGGGAAGGAGGGUGAGCUGAAGCAGGAGGAUGGGCGGAAGUCAUUCCUAAUGAAGAGGGGGGAUGUCAUAGAUUACUCCUCCUCAGGGGUGUCCACUAGUGAUGCCUCACCCCUGGACCCCAUUACUGAAGAAGAUGAAAAAUCCGACCAGUCAGGUAGUAAGUUGCUCCCAGGCAAGAAAUCCUCAGAACGGCCCAGUCUCUUCCAGACAGACCUGAAGCUUAAGGGAGGUGGUCUGCGCUACCAGAAACUGCCCAGCGAUGAAGAUGAAUCUGGUCCAGAAGAGUCAGACAAUACCCCACUGCUCAAAGAUGACAAGGAUAAAAAAGCUGAAGGCAAAGCAGAGAGAGUGUCCAAGUCUCCAGAACACAGUGCUGAGCCAAUCCGAACAUUCAUUAAAGCAAAAGAGUAUUUGUCGGAUGCCCUCCUAGACAAAAAAGAUUCCUCCGAUUCGGGAGUGAGAUCCAACGAGAGCUCUCCCAACCACUCUCUUCACAAUGAAACGGCAGACGACCCCCAGCUGGAAAAGGCAAAUCUCAUAGAGCUUGAAGACGAUGGCCACAGUGGGAAGCGUGGGAUGCCACACAGUCUGAGUGGCCUGCAAGAUCCAAUUAUAGCUCGGAUGUCUAUUUGCUCGGAAGACAAGAAAAGCCCUUCCGAGUGCAGCCUGAUUGCCAGCAGCCCUGAAGAGAGCUGGCCCGCGUGCCAGAAGGCCUAUAAUCUGAACCGAACACCCAGUACCGUGACCCUCAACAACAACACUGCGCCUGCUAACAGAGCCAACCAAAACUUUGAUGAGAGGGAGGGAGGCAGGGAGACUUCUCAGGUCAUUCUGAGGCCUGGGCCCAGUCCCAACCCAACUGCUGUUCAGAAUGAAAAUCUGAAGAGCAUGUCGCACAAGCGAAGCCAGCGUUCCAGUUACACAAGGCUCUCGAAAGAUGCGUCUGAGCUGCAUGCAGCCUCCUCGGAUAGCACGGGCUUUGGAGAAGAGAGAGAAAGCAUUCUCUAAGGAAAAGAGAAGUGAAGUAGCGUUGUCCUACCCUAAGGACUGUCAUGAACUUUAAACUGGUCCGUCACCAUUCUCCAUCAUGUCCAUGCAUCACAGAUAACUGAUAGGUGGUCAGGCACCUGGGGAAGCAUACGCCCUCUGUACAGCAGAGGGAAGCCUGAGACAGGAUGGCCACCAGUCAUCUCCAUUAUCGCCUGCAUCAUGGGCAGUUUAAAGUCUCACCACCACCAUGAUGCCCUUCCCUGGCACACAACUGCACAGAUUGAGGAGAAACAGGCUGAAUAUAAAAAUAGGUCAGAAGUGUAUUUAAAGCUGAAAGGCUUAAAUCACAAGGAAAAAAACCUAGAGAUCUCCUUUAUAAAAUAUUCAUGAAACAUUUGAGGGAAGCUAUAGUGCUAGAUGAAGCAGAAACCAAUUUUACUGUUAGAGUUUAAUCUUGGUACAGAUUUAUAGGUUUUUAGAGUAGAGACCAGAGACUAAAAGUGAAUGCCUAGCAAGCGGAUAGCCAGGGUACUAUAUAAGACUCACUGCUUUUUAAAGAGCUCUUAGAAUUUAAGUAGAAAAUACAUACUGAAGAGGCUGAUAAAAGCUGAUAAGAAAGUGAGUCAGCAGAACCCAAAGCAGUGGGCCUGGGCCGUGGUGAGUGGUUAGCAGAGGGGCUGGAGGAGAGCAGUGUAUUCCUGGGGUGCUCUCCAGACCAGGCCUCUGCCUCUGACACCUAUGCCCUCAAAACCAUCCUGGGCUGCUCUGCAACUCCUAAAUGAUGCAUCUAACCUAGCUUAGCUCUGGCUAGGAGAAAAAUACAAUUUUUUCCCAAUGGUUCUGGUGAUUAAACGCAGGACCUCACCAAUGCUAGGUGAAGUAUGGCUGAGCUACAUCCCAGCCCUGAACUUGAGUCCUUUCCCCGGAGAAUGACUGUGUCAGGAAAUCGUUACUUUAGAAGAGUUAGUGACAAUGACCCUAGACCAGCUACAAGCAAAUAUGUGAUUACGUCACUGCCGUCUGUAACACAGCAGUUUGUUUCACGUAGCUGUUCCUAAAUGAGCAUUUUAAUUCUGGGGGAAAUUAUUUAAACUGCGGGGUGGUUUUAAAAAGGAGCUUAGAAGCCUACAACAUAGCAAGAACCCAGAGCCAGAGCCGGUGUGACCCUGAUGCUGCACUCCACAUUAUUCUCGGCCAGGCCAGAAUGAUCACAGACAUAGAAGUAUCAUGUAGGCUAGAAGUGUGCCUGUCAUCAUCAUGUAUCCAAACUGUGUGUCAUUUGAGCAGAGCUUGUUUAUGUAGUCAGUCCUAGCAGUAUGUCCUGAGCCACAGGUGAGGCUUGUGGACGGUGAGGUCGCAGGCUUGGUGUUUGUUGAGAUGUCAUCACUGACGGGUCCUGUGGUGUUGACUUGACACUGUGCUGGUAGCUGCCCCGUGCUUCGGUGCCUGGCUGUUGGAGUGUCUGUCAUUGAGCAUCUCCAGGAAGUGCAUAUGUUGCAUGCUCUUUAACAGGUAUUUUAAGCAUUAAAAACAGCACGAUGUUACUGACAUUAUGCAUUUGACUACUUAGAGUGUUUAUUAGUUUGCAAUAUCAUGUAAUUGGUACUUCAGAAGUAGUUUGGUCUCUUUCCAAGUGAGUGGCUAUAGCUCCCAGUCCCGGGAGGCCUUGAUUCACACUGUCUGUGAAGUCAUUCCUGAGUGCCAAGUGCACACGUAGACUAGGAGCAAUAAAGAUGUGCAUGCCAUCCUGACUCAUGGAGUUUUAUUCACUGUAGCAAUGACAAUUCACAUUCUGAUUAAAAAUUAAAACAUGG